AUGACUACAGAGAGCGCGAUCUCGCGCAGAGAUCUUUUGGUGCAGCAGCUCCUGGAAGAGCGCAGGCAACGGCUGCAGCAGAAGCUCUUCGGAGCCGGGGAUCCGGGAGGUGGCCUCCUAGCGGCCACGGCCCAGGAAUCUAGGCAGGAGCCGGAGCCCGCAGAAUUUGUCCUGGAAGCGAGUCCAAAGCGUCCUCUCCGCGAUGCUGCUGCAUCCUCCUGCAUGCGAGAUGUUGCAGAUACGGACAUGAGAGAUAGUUUCCUUGCGGACGUCUUGUCGCGCCUGACAGCCGCGGAGAACGCGCAGCCGAGCCAAGCGUCCGGAAGUGUUGGGCUGGUGAGCAGAGUCGGAGCGAGCGAAGCUCCCGGCAAGCCAGUGUCCAGGCCCACAAGGCCGCGAUCCGCGCCUCCAGCAAGGGCAAAAAACUCCAAAGACCAGAGCGCCGACGGCCGUGAAAGCCGAACAAGACAGAUGUCCAGGCGAAGACCGAGUGGAGAACGAUCGCAGCCAUUCGAUCGGCGCCUCCAGUUGUGGGAAGUGCAACACCAGGCUUCGAAGCAGAAGCACAUGCAAGCAAAGCAGGAAAAGGAGCUGCAAGAGCUGGAUGAAUGCACCUUCCAGCCAUCCAUUAACGCGCGCUCCGAGUACUAUGCCAGACGGUCUCGUAGCUGCUUCGUUGAAUCCCUGCCGGAACGUUUGUACCACGAGGCUGACAAACGGGCGAGCUUGAGGAACAAAGCCAAGGAGCUCAUGGAGGCAGACACCUUGUGCUCCUACACCUUCCAGCCCAACAUUAACCCGAGCAGAGGAGCCAACAGAGCGCCACUCCACCUUCGAGCUGAGGAGCUUCGCCAAAGACGCGAGCAGAGAGUGCGCAGUGCCCAGGUAGCCGAGGAGAGACGCUCUGGCAGUUUGUUCCAGCCAAAGAUCUCCAACCGCAGCGAGCGGAUCGUUCAGAAGAAGCGUGACAUGCUGUACAGGUGCGCAUCACAAGGCCAGGUCGAUUGCCUGAGGCAACUUGGUCCUGUCGAGGAGCGGCUUUAUGCAGAGGCACAUGAGAAAGAGCAGCGGCGUGCUGCACUGCAGGACUUUCACCAAGAGUUGGUACAAUCCUUCCCCAGCGUUGACGACACGUCGAGGAAGAUCUGCAAGGAUUCCGUUUACUUCCAGGGCCAGCAGCAGGAUUUCCUCACUAGACAGCACACCUUCGAGAUGGCGAAGCAGAAGAGACUGGAGGUUCGAGCGCAGCACGUCGACAGCGACUGUCGCUUUCACCCGACCAUUACGGAAACAAGCCGACAGCUGGUGUCCAACAAUUUGGAGCUUCUGGGCGAGACUCCCGAGGAGCGGAUCCACAGGCUCGCUGUUCGUGAUGCUGAGCGCCGUGAGCAGACGCGCGCAGAGCUGGAGCAAUUUCACCACAAGGACUGCACCUUCAAGCCGCAGAUCAACGCUGUUUCCGAGAUGAUCGCCACUUCUCGAGCCGAGGCAUCAACUGCCUCAGGCAGAGUCGAAGACUCCGGUGCACACGAGCGCCUUUACCGAUCUGCAAUGAAGACUACGGGGGGAUCGGGCGAAGAGUGGCCGUCCGACUCGUACAGCUUCAGGCCACAGCUGGAUCGACGCAGCUCUAAGCGCUUUUCACACGUUAAGUCUCGGUACGCAAGGAGGUCCGAGCUUGUGGAGACCAUUCGACAGGAGCAAGAGAAGAAAGCGGAGUACCUGCUGGAGAGACGUCGCCAGCUUGAGGAGGAAAAGAAUGCUGACUGCACCUUCGCUCCGCGCGUCAAAGAGAUCUUUCAGGAAAGCCACAAGCCCAUUGCAGUCAGCGGUCUGGACCGGUUCUUCGAGCUCAAGAGUCUGGCGUUGAAGAAGCAGCAGGAACAGCUCGAACGUGAACAGCGUGUCUUUCGUCCCGAGAGUCUUGCUUCGCAUGAAGGUGUCACGGUCCCAGAGCCCUUCCAGCUCUCAGAGGGCAAGGACACGAGCAAGGAUUUCCGAAGGCCUCCACUUGACGAGGACUGCACCUUCACGCCCCAGACCAACGAGACUCACAAUCGAGAGAUGAUCAAGCAGAUUAUGGGCGUGGUAAGGGUACACUAA